UGGAGAGAUAUUUCUAAAUUGACGAGAGAGACAAUUCCCGUGCUUGCUUAGGUCAUUGAGGCGGAGGCGAUAGCGAUAGCGAUAGCGAGAGCGGCAGCGGCUAGCCUUGUCUUCGUGUUCUCCAAUUGUUGGGUUAUCACUUGAAGAGCAAUGGAGAUGGACGACAUGGGUCUUGUGGAAUUGUUUGGUUACGACAAGCUGGAAAGAGAAUUAAUCCUCAGCCAAAAUAAUUUGUCUUCAACUUCGCCGGAAUAUUGCGCGCUAUAUGAUUUCCGUGAUGAGAUGACACCAGAGGAAGAUUACUCCUACAGUGAACAAGUUUUGAAGAGUGACGGCUUUGAUGUUUCUGACAUCCCUGGCGUCAAUUGUCUCAACCAAAUUCUACCAUGCAAUAUAGACUACAAUUAUGAUGAGUAUAAACGGUAUUCGCAGCUCGCAAUAGACGAAUACAAUCGUCGGUUCAAGGAUGCCAAUGCAGAGUUGGAGUUUGUUAAGGUCUUGAAGGCAAUGGGUCAGGCUUCCAGGGGAAUCAGGUAUUAUAUAACCUUCAUGGCCAAGGAUCUUGGCGAUGGAGGCGAGAUUAAGACGUAUCAAGCUGUGGUAUUAGAUGGUAUAGACUCUGUGACAGCGAAAUCCUUUAGGCUAAAGCCCCCCGAGGAUGAGCGAGAAAACCAAAGACUCGUUAGGAUGAAAUUGAUACUCAUGUGCAAUCUCCAUGAUAUUGAAGUGAUGGGUAAGAAAGAUUCUUUUCUGGCAAAGUGACGGCAAUAAAAAAUGAGGUUGUUCACAUUGUCAAGGAGAUUACACUCGUGGAUGAGAUGAGCUGGAUGUGUAGGAAGAGCACGGCUUCACAGUGCCGUGGCCAGAGCACUUUGGUCUCAAUUUUCAAAUGUCUUGGGAUAGUUUGGGUUAUGCCCUUGGGAAGGGUGGAGCUUGUGGCAUGCUGAAAGGGAAAAUAGUAAUCUUUGUCGCUAGGUGUGUGGUGAAUGAUUUCAUUAUGCUUUAGUCUCUCUAAGUUUGGACAGUUGCAUAUGAUAACCUUAGCUUACUGCUUGUAGAUUUGCCACCUGUGUACAGGGGCCACACCUUUAAUAAAAUAUCUAUUACCCAUUUAAAAAAAUCAAAGACAUGGUAUUGCUUCCACUCUGAAAUAUACUCUACAUCCCUCCCUAAUCCUCCACUGCCACUGUACUAAUCCAUAACUACCUUCUCAUUCUAUUAGAUAUAUAUCCACCAACUCCUCAUUUCAGCUUCUUGUCCUGUAAUCCUCUUGUUCUCAUUCCACAAACUAUCGAUCUUUUGCAGCCAUUAUCUCUAGCCUAUUUCUGCCAGUUAUUAAGAAACUUUUGAUUAUGGAAAUGAGAUGGAGCCUGUCCUGGAAGUCAAUAGAGUAACAUUUUCUAAUCUUAACUGGAGAUUUUGUUGGGCAUUAACCUUUAAUUGCUAUUACAAAGUGUUGGGCUUUAAUCUUUUGGAUUAAUAUAUAUUAGAAAGUCUCCGGUGUGUAUAAAGUAGGAGAUUGGUUACCGGAACUUUAAGUUUUUGUUUAGCAUUAUUCUAUUGUUGUGCCGACUCCAAGACUUUUUUUUUAUAUAAGUAAACAAAUUUUAUUGAUCAAUGAAUGGGCAUAGUCCAGUAAAAUACUCAAGAAGAAAAUAACUGUUUGCCCUAACUAAGAAGGCGCAAGAAAGACAAGAAAAUCAUGUAGGUCCAUUCCAUUGAAGUCAACAGCAAUGGCCCAAGUGCAUAGAGUUCUAUAAUAUAAAGCUUUAAGCUCCCCCAACUUUGUAAUUUAAGAGAAGCUAUACAGAUUUUCGGUGUUGAGUUUGAUUUCGAUAAGUAAUAUUUAGUGUUGAUUUUUAUUUCUUUUAUUUUUGAUAAAUUAGUGUUGAAUUUUAUUUAUUCUUUAUCUUUGUAUUAUUUCGUGUAGAAUCUGGCAGCCAUGGGAGACAGUGGUUUUGG